CAAGUUAAGUUCAGGCGUGAAUGAUUUGUAAUAGGAUUUAGUAAAAUUAAAUUAUUAACAGAUCUUUUACCUGUGGUCAUAAUCAACCGUCAUUGACUGUCAUAAAUGCAGACAGCAGAUAUGUUGUGAUGUUUUCAUUCAAAACCUAAAUUAAUUUUCUUUAUAUCUAUUUUCAUUUUAUAUAAUUUCCCUCGUUAACAUGUCUGAGGAAUGGAAGGCCUUCGUAAGUGACACUAGAACAGCCUGUAAAUACGGGGCGGAAUGUUAUCAGAAAAAUCCAGACCAUCACAAUCAGUAUAAACACCCCCCACAACUCAAAGCCAAACUGAACCAACGAAAGAAUAAUCGUUUUAAGCCUUAUAAUAGGGAGAGGAAGCCCACUGAUGGAACUAAGGCGAGACAUAAUGAUGUUCAGGAUAUUGAAGUUGAUUCAGAGGACAGCAAAGUUGAUAAGGCGACACCAAGUACAGCUCAGAUUGAUGAUGAUUCAACAAACAAGUGUGCACAAGAAAGCACAGAUGUUAAGAUCCCUAAAUAUCUCGUUAAAUCAGAUAGUGUGACCUUUUAUGACAAAGAUACAGAUGCUGAUAUCAUUAAAGAUUGUUUCUUAAUGGAAAUGCCAGAAGAUUUUUUCCAGUUUUAUAAAUGCCUUCAGGAAGAUACGGAAAAUGUUGAGAAACUCUUGUCUAGUGUGAAUUUACAGCUUAUUGGUCCAUAUGAGCUAUUUUUAGGUAAAUUACCCAAAUUGGAAGAUAAAGACUUAUAUUUAAUCCACUGGAGAUUUUUCUUUGAUCCUCCAGAGUUUCUGGCAGUUUUAAAAAAAAAGGGGAAAAGUGAAUUUCACAUAGGCUACUAUAGAGAUGAUCCACAAGAGAAGCCAGUGUUUCUUGCUAAAAAUGACAGUUCUGCAAAUUAUACCAUCACACCAGUUGCUGAAAAUAUUUUUGGAGCAGUUUAUUGGUUUUUACAAAAUGAAAAGAAAACUUCACCAUUUGUUUCCAUAUCAUGUCAGAAGUUAAUGGAUAAAGUUAAGAAAUGGGCGGAGCAGCAUAAUUUCUCUAUUGAAGAAUAUAACAUGAAAAAAAGGAUACAACAAAUUGUUUGUCGGACCUUUAACAAUGCAGGCAUUGUUGUACCAUAUAACAAGAAAACCCAGCUUGGGUAUAGAAAAUUGGUUGAAAGCGAUGCUGAUAUUAAAAAAAUGUUCAAACAACUAAAAGAAGCUAAGUCCCAUGCAGAAAAAGAUAAAAUCUUGUCAGAGUUACAGCCAGUUAUCACAUAUGCAAGUAUAGCGAUGGAUGAAUGUGACUUUGGGACAGGCCUGGAAGUGGGCAUUGCCUUAUUCUGCUCCGGCCUGCCCGAGCUCCAAACCAGUGCCUUAAAAAAUCUAGAAGUAGCUUAUUCUCUACUGGGCAGAGAAGCUUUUAGUAAAAUUAUACAGAUGCAUGUAAAAUAUCGUCGCAAGGGUCCAGAUAUGUCCGUGGUGGGAACCGAUUGACUUAUGAAUGAUUUCGUAAAAAAACAAAAUUUUAUUUAUUUAUUCCGAUUUAACAAAAGAUAAUAAAAAACUUUUGCAGA